GUCGUUAAUAAUGCCAUUGUUAAUCCUCCUUUGUCUUCUUCUCCAGAGAGGAAGGAAAUCGAUAAUACUCCAGUAUAAUCCGAGGAGGAAAGCCGCCAUUAUUACUGCUCCAGUGCUCAUCCUCCUCCUCCUUUGGUCACAGUGCCACUCUAUCUUUCGCUCUCUCCUCUCUUCUCCUGUUUGCUCGUGAGUGACAAGGGGUCCAAGAAAGGUUCUCUCAGUCUUUUGGAGCGGAUUUCGCGGCUGCAGAAUCUCUCUUCUUGCACCGCGGGCGGGGGCGUUCUGUUCUGUUCUUGGGUUCGUUGAUUAGGAGAGAUUGAGGAGGAGAUGGAGAUUUAGAUGGGAUGAGACGGGUUUAUUGGGGCCUCCAUUGGUUGGAUUCCGAUUCUGUUUUCUUGGAGAGAUCUUCGGUUUCGGAUUUCGGAAUCCAUCUGAGGUGCAGGGCUGGAACCGGUUCUUUUUCUUGGUGAUUCUUUUGGCGUCGCAGAACAAAGUGCUGGAAAAUGAUUACUGUAUGCGAAGUUUGUGGAGUUCUUGGUUACAAAAAUCUUCUGCUAUCUUGCAAAAACUGCAACGGAGCUGCUGUGCACCGAUACUGUCUGGACAAAGUUGAUUUUGAUGGGACAGUAGAUUGGUCAUGUGAUGAAUGCCAUCCUAGGCAUGGCAAAGGUACUAAUAGAAGAUCUUUAGAAGUGACUUUAGAUGAUAAAACAGUGGUUGGCAAGCAGCCAGAAAAUCAGUCAUCACUGGAUACCAACCACGACAAGCCUGGGAUGAAUGGUGGUAAUGAUGACUAUGUCAGUGAUGACUUGAUGUUGGAGAGAAAUAAGGAAAGAUUUCAGUUGCAUGACGAGGCAAACAAUGAUAUACACCUGAAAAGUAUGUCCGCUAAUGUGCCCCGGUCUUCCACUUUGCAUGAAAACUCUGUGGCCCGAAACGUAUCAUCCUCAGCAAAUACAGGGCUACCGAUGGAUAGCAAUUGUGUGCCAUCUGCACACAUUGAUAUUGGAAAUCCAAGAGACAGUAGUGUGAGACUAAUAUUAACAGGGGAAAAUCGAAGAGAAUCUUCAAUGCUGCUAGAUGGGGCUUGUUCAGGUUCCUUGUCAAAAGACUCGUCGAAAGAGAAAAUUGAUCGUGAGGCCAAUUCUUCCCAUAUGGAACCUUCUGAUGCUGUCAAGAACUUCUGUAAGGACAACCCAAUGAAGCGAAGAAAACUCAUGUUAUUAGAUGAUGAUGAUGAUGAUGUAGGUGUGGAACUGUCUGAUACUGUUCAAAAUGUUGUCAAGGACAACCCAAGCAAACGAAGAAAACUCAUUUUACCUGAUGAUGAUGAUGUAGAGGUGGAACUUUGCAAUACUGUUCAAAGUAUUGCAAAGGACAACCCAGGGAAGACAAUACAGCUUAUUGUACUAGAUGAUGAUGAUGACAAACAAGAGGAUGCUGAAAAUCUGAAUCACCUAUCUCUUGAGUUUGAAGGACCAAUUGAGAAGCAUAAAAUACACAUUGGAUAUGCCACAGGGCAGAGAUGUUUAGAAGAUGAUGAACAUGGACUACUGGAUAGUUUGGAUCACCGGUCUUUGGAGAACACUUGUCCCACAAAGAAACGGAGGAGAUACAUAUGUCCAAGUGACGAUGAAGAAGAAGAGGUUAUUAAAGGUUCUACGACCACUGGAUGUGCUCCGAAUGAUGUUGCAAAUACAGCUUCACAACAUGUAGAUGCCAAGGACCACCAUCUGCAGUCCAGAAUGGCAUUUGCUUCAGAUUUCACCAAACAUCAGUAUUAUAUUUACUCAGAGCCUAUGGGUGAGCCUGCUUGGAGUGGUAUCUUUAUGACAGAUAGCAAUGUGCCUAUUAUGUUGGCUGCACACCUAUCAACUAAAGCAUGCCAGAGAGUGUCGGAAUUUGCAAGAUCGUUGCAACCAGUAGUUGAAGUAAUCAAGCUCCCUAGGUUGAAAGCAUGGCCAGAGAGGUGGGACAAAUCAGGACCUACUGACGACAGCAUUGGGUUGUUUUUCUUCCCGCAUAGUAUGAGGCCAAAUGAAGAAUUAGAUAAACUAGUGAAAGAAGUAAUUGAGAGUGAUGUUGUCUUAAAAGCUGUUCUAGGAACUGUGGAGCUACUAAUCUUCCCCUCUAUUCUUUUACCAGAACAAUAUCAUGAGUUCCAGGGGAAAUACUACCUGUGGGGAGUGUGCAAGGCCAGGAAACAUAAUCCUGACACAGCUGUUCUUGUUGAAGAACAAUGUGGCUUGGUCUCUGCCUCGGAGGAAGGGUCAUCGGACAAAGAAAGUUAUGUCAUGAAACAUGUCGAGGAUCGAUUGCCUGCAGACUGUAACCCGGAGGCACGGGAGGGGGACAUCAAAACUGCUUUGGGAGAAGGUUGUUUCUCACCUGAUAGCUGUUUGUCAAGUAAUAAGGCAAGCCCUGUGAAGGGUGGAUCACCAUGCUUUAUGCAACCAGGACUUGGCGAUAAACCUCAUGAGCCUGGUGUAGCAGACCAGAAAGAAGAUGAGCAAGACUUCACCUCUUUACCUAGAAGGAAUGAUCAAAAUGCUACCAAUCCACCAAUCGACUCUUUACCUUCCGCGACCAGACUGUUUGGAUUCGUUACAGCACGGUCUGAAAGAUGUCAGCAACUCAUCCAGGAGAUGGUCAAGGAAGGUGCUCUCUUAUUCUCGGUGCCGGAAGAUAUGACGAUCAAUCGAUCUACCAUAAGCAAGAGCAAUGGAGUAGGAGCAGCUCAGGCCCCUGACAGUGGCUGUCAACAUGUGCAGGAGCGUUGUGAACCCAUUGAAUUCGUUCCGAUUGAUCACAAUGACCCCGACUCGGCUUCUGAAGCCUGCCUGGAUCUGUUCCCGGUUCGGCAUGAGCAGAUUGGAUUGACUUCUCAGGUAGAUGUUAAAGAAGUAGAACUGGACUUGAGCCUUGGCGCAUUUCGGCGAGCACCUUCAGAGCUGCCAUGAUGAGCAGCUCCUGUGAUUCUGGUGUUUUGCUGAAGUUCUGGACAGCCUCAAUAAUUUUGUCUGUGAAUAAAAACUGUAGCGUUUACGGAACUGACGGUUUCUCUUUCUUUCUCUAGCUGUUGCCUGUACAUGUUUGUUUUGUGUAGCUGACUGGGAUUUCCAAUGUAGCUAUUGGUUUUUGUGAUCAUCUUGAUCUCAUGUUGUUCAUUGCUAUACAAUGCUGGGGGUUUUCAUUGAUAGUUCCAUCAAUUAGUGUGGUGUUGUA